UAUAUAGUUGAAUUUUAUUCAUACAUACAUAUUUGUCUAUUUUCGACUCCAUCUGCUUCUGUUACGUAACUUAAAACUUCAUACUGGCAGCCGUCUAUUACGAACAUGUGGUUCUACCACUCACCUGGCCAAUCGCUUCUGCCAGCAACCAUUUCUGUAGUUCUGAGUUUUCCAAACAUGCCUUUCUCCAUGCAGACGGUGUUGAUACAAGUGGGCACAAAAUCCCACGUUUUGGUCGAUCACCAGCAAUAUCCGUUUCAAUCCAAUCAAUCCAUUUUCUCCAAAAUGGUGGCACCCAGUAAAUAAGGAUGAGGCAUAAAUGACGACGUCAAGACCUGAGGCAGGGGGGAAAUGAUAGAUAACAACUUCUCAGAAAUUCUCAAUUUCUGAGAAAUUGUUGUCUGGUAUUUCCAGCACCCUUUCAGUAUUCACCUUUUCUGCGCCCUUUCUCUAUUACCAAGUGAUGUAUAAAUACUGGAUGGCGUGCAAUAACAGCGAACUGUAUUUUGGCUCGUGAUUGGCCAGAGAGCUCAAAAUGUGGGUGGGGCUACAGGUAUAGGCAGGUUCUAUUAAUGGCCAGACUCUGUUUGGUAUACACAGCACUGAAUUGCAGCAGACGAGAGCGCCUUCUGUGGGGAGUCUGCGUCCUACCAACUACUAGGCUCCAGAUAUAAGGCGUUGCAUAACAAGGAGUGGUAAACCUGAGCUGGUUACUCCGUACCUGUACUGAACUCCUCACAUUUCAUACGAAUAUUUUCCAGACAUCAAAGGACGUGCUCGAAGGACAUGUACGAUGAGCGUCACAUUUCUCCAAAUCGCUGCCGUUCAGCUGGUUGCACCGUGACCGAGUGUCGUCGUCCUAUUCCGUGAACAACAUGACAUUUAACAGUGCGACAGAAGCACAGGACUACGUUUCGAGCCACCCAGAGAUCGCCGAGAUCGCUCGACAAAUUCCAUUUCUUGAUUCUGCAACGGUGACAUCAAGAAUUUACUCUGUGCGCUACUUCCUCAAACGAAAAGGCUUCGACAUCAUGAAACCUUGUUCCAGAAAUGAUGAGGCAGGGUGCUGGCUGCUCGAGCACCUGACACUGUGCAAUAGAGUCUUGUACUCCGUCGAUGUUCAGCUCCACGAAAGUAAGCCAGGAGAGUUGAAUUUCUCCCCAACAGGGUCAAGGGGCGACAUCUUCUCCGAAGUUGCUAUGCUGGACUCUCUGUUCCUGAUCUGCUGGCUCGUGAAAGAACACCCAUGCAUACAAGGAAUAGACCUGUACGAGACACGCCUAUUUCUCCACUUCCCGACGGCCCUUAAACUUGCCCUUGCACACGGCUCUAACAUUAGAAGCGUCAAAGUAGGCACCCCAGAUCCAACCGCGCAGCACAACGUGUUUCUUGAGGGCAUCAGGCCCGACACCAUGCUAGAGCGUUUCGAAGCAUGCGACCUCAAGCUCGAUAUGGAGUCUGCGUCGCGACUCUCGGAAGGACUCAAGAGGUCACCGCACUUGAAAUCUAUUGUGCUAGACCACAGUGGCCUCAGCGAAAAGGGAAUGAAGCUUGUGCUAAAAGCACUUCAACAGUGCAAUCACUUGACGUCUCUGGAUAUCUGUCAUUACAGCUUGAAGAAAGCUGCUGCUGUGCAUCUGGCAGAAAUUGUAAAACGCAGCAGAUGCCUAAAGGACCUCUUUCUCUGUCACAUACCUGACGAUGUAUUGGAAAUUAUCGCGAUUGCGCUCAGGGAGAAGAGUUCGAUCGAGAAUUUGAAAAUGAAUAAAUCUAAUGACAGUGCCCGUAUUAUGCCACACAUUUCCGAUGCCCUGAAGACGAACAGGACUAUAAGAACGCUCGAGCUUAAUGAUUGUGGUAUGGAGGAAAGUGAUGCGGUUCAGUUCGCUCGGGCUCUAAAAGUGAACGUUACUCUCCUGGAGCUACAACUUCGAGGGAGCAGGUUCAGAGACGCUGGUGCAAGGCAUCUAGCAGAAGCUCUGGAGUCAAACCGGACGCUUCGUGAGCUCGAUAUCUCCUGGAAUGACCUGACAGAAGUGACCCUGGUACAGUUUGUGAAGACCCUUACAGUGAACACAUCACUGGAAGUGGUGCGUCUUGGAGCGAUCGAUUUCUCCGGCGAGGUUGACGAAGAGAUUGCUCAGGUUAUCAGGGGCCAUGAGUGCUGCCACAGGAUCUGCACAACGUGGAACACCCUCGCGCUCAACGAGUUGGCACGUCUCAUUUCACUCAACUACGACGACGUGAAAAAGAUCCACAUUUUGUGCGUUGAGGACACCCCUAUAUCACGGGCCAUCUCAGCACUAGAAUCAAACUGUCACAUCACCGAAAUGCACUUCGAAAGAGCGGAUGGCGAGACAGCCGGAGCAGAGACUGUUAAAGCUCUUGCGCAUCUCGUCGAAAAGACCAGGUCCCUCAAGUUUCUCCGCUGCACAUGCCCUUUUGAAGUUGACUAUGAAGAUGACGACCUUCUCGCUAUUUUCAUCAAGGGCCUUACAAAGAACGACACGAUCAACCGUGUCGAGCUCCAGUCCCCAUGUUUCACUACGAAAGUCGCCCGAGCGUUCUCAGCCAUGCUCGAAGUGAACACAACACUGUACGCUUUUGUCACAGAGACGCCUUAUUUUCACGCGGGGGCACUCAAAAUGAUUGCGAGGCAUUUCCCCAAGAACUACACGCUCUCCACAUUCUGUGCGGAUUCGGAGGACUAUAGCUCACGAGCACUGUGCAAGAUUUUCGACGUGGUCCGAAGAAAUCAGCAGCUCCUGAAUCGUGCUACGAGGUUUGCCCUGGGUACCUCCAGGGACUGUGACUGUAGAGAAGCAUUUCGAAUACUUUUGAAGUGCGAUUCUGUGGUGCAGCAGGUUAAGUGUGUCACAGAGUGUACGGAAGAAAACGCGAGGCAGUGUGUAGAAGCUGCGAAAUUGUUGUUUUUAUAGAGAGGAUCUCUGCUUUCUUACGCAACACUUGCUGGUGCUAACAAAACGACUCCUUGCUCUGUGGGAUAGACGUAAAACUUUUUUCUUUCAUCAGUGCGAACCCGCAUUCAAUUUUUUAAAGCAAGAACUGUAACGGACAUGUAGACAAUCAUCAUCACAAAUACCAUGGCUCUUCCAGCUGUUAGUAAUCGCCUCUGCCAAGCAGCAUGGGAGCAGUCACAUGCAAAACAAGAGCCAGUAGGAAUGCCCAUAGCUCUCACUCCUUUGAGCUUGACCAAUGCUGCCUAGACUCAGAAGGAAUGCUGAAUGCCUCCUCGCAUUAUUUCGUAUGUGGCAGCCAAUCGUCGCACAUGAUUGCAGACACAGGCCUUCUGUGGCAACCAGUGGCUCCUCGUGCAGCGGAUUGUCUCCAUGGCUACGGCCGCUGAAGCAUGGUGGUAAUUGGCUGACUUUUAUCUUUCUUUUAUUGUUUUAAGUCCUCAUUAACAGCAUAGCCCUUGAUGAUGGUACACAUACAAAAGCAGAGCAAGAACAAAAGAGGCAAAAAGAUGAUGCAACAUUCUAAAUAACUGCUGCAAAACGCAAGGUAACACUCAGAAAAUGAGACAGGUGAUGUCGCAACUUUCCACCUCUGUUUACUGAAUCACUACAAAUGAACCAAAACACAUCAAGACAAUAAAAGGACAAGAGCCAGA